AUCUGGACUCCAACUCAGCGGAAGUCGUCAAGUGACGUAGGCGGCCCCUGCGUUCCCGUCGCGCGGGACUUUGGAUACAGACACAGAAAGUUUUGUUUAUUUUCUCAAAUAGAUGCGUUUCGGGUUUUAGACAUGGCCUUGCAGGUGGUAGAGGCUCCACCGCCCGGCCCCGUGUGUCUCAGAAACCUCGACGCCCUGCUGCGGUGUCCCAUAUGCUUUGAUUUCCUCAAUAUUUCAAUGAUGACAAAAUGCUCGCACAACUUUUGCUCAUUGUGCAUCAGAAAAUUUCUGUCCUUCAAGUUACAGUGUCCAGUUUGCAAUACACAGGCCACAGAAUCAGAUCUAAGAAACAACCGUUUACUGGACGACUUGGUCCUAAACUUUCAAGCUGCAAGCCAGCAGUUGUCAAAAGUAGAUUUUGACUCUCCUCCAAUAUCUCCAAAGACCCCAGCUUCAGCUGUCAAAUGUAAAACACCCAGAGAGAGAGGCCAGAAGUGUAACAGCUCCGUUAUGAGUCACUUUUUCCAAAAGAGGCCCAAAACAUCUCCCACUUCAGAAACGCACCAAGAGGCUUCUGUCUCCCAGUGUGUUGAGCAGGGGGAAAUGAAGACUGCACGCACCCACCAUGCAAAUGAUGCCAACCUACAUUCAGCAAUGGCCCCAGUGGCUCCAGUGACUGUGAAGGAAGAGCCGAUGGACGUGGAGGAGACAUUAGUCCAGGGUUUGAUGUCCGUCAAACAGGAGGACACUGGCGUUGAGAUAGCACAUUCCUCGUCGCCAUCAAGCAGCGUACAGCCUGUUAUUAAAGUGGAGUGCCCUGUGUGCUCCGUCGGUGUGUCAGAGCAGUUUAUCAACAAGCAUCUUGACACAUGUCUUACCAGUGGAGAGAAGAGAGAAAGCUUGAGGAGUUCACUUGGCAAUGCGAGACGUCCAAUGAGCAAACUGGUAUACAACCUACUUUCCAUGCACGAGCUGAAGAGGAGGCUGAAGGAAUGCCACCUCUCGAUGCAGGGCUCUCGAGAUCAGCUGAUCAAAAGACACCAGGAGUUUGUCCACGUAUACAACGCUCAGUGUGAUUCCCUCAACCCAAAAUCUGCUGAAGAUAUUGCCAAAGAGGUGGAGGCCAAUGAGAAGACCAGGAACCAACUGAAGGGGAAAGCUAAACCUGUCAUGGUUUUCACAAAGAAUCAGACUGAGAAGGAAAUUGAUGAGCUCCAUUCAAAUUACAGGAAGAAGAACAGCAGCGACUUCUCCCGCCUCAUUGCCCAGGUCCGGGGUCGCCUAGAGACCACCAGGCAGACUCGUAUCAAACAGGAAGUCAUUGUGGAGGGAGAGGACGUAGAAAAGACCCUCUCUGCAGAUCAAAUUGCAGGAUCAAAGAACUGCUUUGUGAUGAAGGAAGAAGACGGAGACGGUGAUGAGGAGCCAGCAACAAAAGGGAUUGCGUUGCCACCCAGCCCCACUUACAGUGACGUGUCCAUCAGCAGAUUUCCCAUGCAGCAGCUUGGAUUGUGUCUCUCUGGCUGGGGAUGUUUUAGCUGUGUAUCCUUAAAGAACGUGUUGUCAAUGCGUUCCUGCCACCUGCCUACCAGCAAUCUGUUCCGUCUCAAGGUUGAUCACCCAAACUUGGACUCAAAGCUGAACUGAUUAUAAUUUGGUGGUCGAAUGUCACAAUUUGAACUUAUGUUUUAUGAACGUGAUUUAUCAGGAACACACGGAGCAAAAACAUUCACUUAGGCUCAAGGACGACCUGAUUAGAAUUUAAUGGUCAAAGUUCGAGGCCAUGGUGACCUCGCAAAACAUGUUAGGCCAUAAUUCACACAAAUGUCCAAUGGGAUAAAAUGAAGUGAUGACAUGUUAUAUCCAGAAGGCCAAAGGUCAACCUCACUGUGACAUCAUAAUGUUCAGCAAAAACACACUUUCAUUAUUUAACAGCAUAUCUUUUGAACAGAAAAUAAAUUACUGACCACAUUUUUUUCUGCAUCUUGACUGGAAGGCGGAGACAUAUGUUUAUUGGUCACAUCACCUAAAUGUCUGUCUGUUUUUUCACAAAUUCAGUGUGGAACUGUACUGCGUUUUAUUUAGACAGCCCUACCAUGCAGUGAUAACUUGCACCUUACCUGUGUGCAGAAUUUGUAUGGUAAUUUGCAUUUAACUGUAAUCUCUGGUUGUGUUAUUAUUAUUCAAAUUAACUUUGCAUUCUUUAAUUGGAAAUGAUUGGCAUUUUUGCUGUUGUGAACAGAAAUCAAACCUCAAUGAUUGAAGAUAUUCUCUUAUGUUUUCAAUCACAAUAAUACUCAAAUGAAACCACCAAGAUGUUAGUAUGGCUGUUACUGUCAUAUUCAAAUUAAAUCAAAAAGUCCACAUCAGUGAUUAAAACAACCUCAAGAUGUCACAGGAAAACAAACACUCAAGAUUGGGGUUGCUAGGCGACAGGAGUUUGUCAACCUUAAGAGUACAGAGGUGAUGGUUACAGAAUAACCCCAAGCCAUAAACUGGCUGGCAGAUCAUGUCAUUGUUUUCAAGUAACAACCGAAUAGUAAUUUUGUCAUCUGUAGUCUGGAAGCCUUUUACUUUGAACACCAACAGAGCAUGAAUGAACAUGCUCCAAUUCAGCACAGCGACCUGUUCUGUGUGCGAGAGUGGUUGAAUAUGGAGAGAGAGGGAAUUGGGCAACUUCGUUGUGCCAACACGCUGUUCACCCAAAGUUAUAAAAGUUUGGGAAAACAGUUUGCUCCUAGCAAGAUAAUUGUAGCAUUGCAACCACCUCACACAUACUAAGUUGUUGCUCACUUCCACAAAAUGUCAACAAUUGAAUUUAUUCUCACACAAAAGAAAGUGUUUAACAAGGUCGUUUUGCUCUGUUUUUAUAUUGAGUCCUUCAUAAAUUAUGUUUGAAAAUAUGGGAUUUAAAAAAAAAAUCAAUCAGUUUAUUACUCUGCAGACAUUCACUGAAAUUUCAAAAGGUAUUUUGGCUAGACAGAUAUUAUUUACUAUACUUGCAGUUCAGUGUUGUUUUUGCUGCAUUCAGGCCUCAAUAGGCCUCAUGAAAUAUCGCCUCAAUCUAAGGUUAUUGUUCACCUCUCUCCACUAGUGCGACCCUGCCCCCCCAUACUUAAUAUUGAGGAUGUGCCUUAUGCUCUUAGUUUUCAAAAUGCAUGUAUGCAAAACACCAAAGUGUUUGUCUAUCUUCUGUCUUAUUGCUGUUGUUCAAUUUCAUGUUAGUAUAGCUUUUUCCAACAAUGGUGUGAAAAUCCUAACAAUUGGGUGAAAUGCUUAGGUGGUGAACUGUUGAUGCAUUUUAAAAUCCCAAACUCCCAGAUCUCACUGACUGACAGCAUGAAGGCAAGAAGACAGUUGCACUUUUUAAUAUAUAUAGUCCGACUUCUGAUGAAGCGUUUGCCCGAGGCAAUCUCACACAGCUGUAGCCUCUUGGUUGAAGUCAGGCAGACAAAUAAGAAUUCCAUUCUGGCACUGGGUAGUCUGAACAAUCGAUGUCCUGAUAUUUUAUCCUUUUGAAGUAACAUUCAGGGUCAUGUCAGGAGCAUGGCUUUUUCCACUGACAACUGGCUCUGUAAGAUUUGUGAUGCAGUAAAAACGACCGCGCAUGUGAGUCUGAAGUAUUGCAUUAGCAUCACAGUCUGUUCAGACACCACUAACUUUCAGGGCACUUAUUAAGAGCCAGUGCAAUAAGUUUACUUGUUGGAAAAGCAAAUGCUAACUAUCAGUUAAUCUCUUUUAAUGACAUCCACUCUCUCUCUCUCUCUCUCUC